AUGCAGUCAUCUACCAUGCCGAAAACUAGCGCUGCGUGUGCAGGCAACUUCCACCGCCUACCAGCUGCAUGCGCAGGCCAGUCCAGGUGGUGCCCAAAUUGUUUCGAUUGGGCCUUGCAUGAUGCCGAGUACUGGGUACGUGCGCAUAUGCCUGGUGCGCAGCGUAGUACGAGCAUCUGUCCACCCGAAACCCCACCCUGUUCCACCCACAAUAUUCCGGGAGCUCUACCAAGAUCAUCACCCCAGCUGCAGGUAAACAAUCGUGGUGAUCGUUUAUUCUUCAAGUGUUCUUUGAAUGCCUGCGAGAAGAAGUUUCAACGUUGGCCGCAUGAGUGCAUACCAGAUGCGAGUCGUCGUCAAUGCAAAGCUACUUGCACAACCGAAAUCAAUGGCAAAGAAUGCUUGAGGGUUUUUAAAAAUAUCACGGAAUUCAAGCGACACUUUGACUCCGUUCACAUCGGCACGAAAUUCGACUGCACCGAGGCGGGAUGUCAUCGUGUCGGGGAUUAUGGAUUCACGCGUAGGGACAACCUCAUCGACCAUAUGCGAGCGGUCCAUCGCAUGACGAUUACAAAGAGCUGGGUCCGCUUUGGUGGUAGGACUCAGGAUGGAACCCCCGUCGUCGUCGAGACCACGACCGAGGAAAUCGAAGAAGGUAUGGACGAAGAAUAUUAG